AUGGCUGACGCUCUAGCAAGUAAGCUGGAAUCUACGAAACUUAGUGAGGCCGCUGGGUCGGAUGACUGGAAGAAGGACAUUAAGCUACCAGCGAAGGACACGAGGCACCAGACAGAGGAUGUCACGGCUACCAAAGGCCUCGAGUUCGAGGAGUUCAACCUUAAGCGAGACCUGCUGAUGGGAAUCUUCGAAGCUGGAUUCGAAAAGCCAUCACCGAUUCAAGAGGAGGCGAUCCCUGUUGCGCUUACCGGACGAGAUGUGCUAGCCCGAGCAAAGAACGGGACUGGCAAGACAGCAGCCUUCGUCAUCCCUGCCCUCGAACGCAUCAACCCCAAGAGCUCCAAAGUCCAAUGCUUAAUCCUGGUCCCAACACGAGAGCUGGCUUUACAAACAUCCCAGGUUUGCAAGACUCUAGGAAAACAUCUCGGCGUUAAUGUUAUGGUCACCACCGGCGGUACUACACUGCGAGAUGAUAUCGUACGAUUAGCGGACCCAGUACAUAUUAUUGUUGGCACGCCAGGAAGAAUCCUCGACCUGGCAGGAAAGAAUGUUGCCGACCUCAGCGAAUGUCCAAUGUUCAUCAUGGACGAAGCUGAUAAACUCCUCUCCCCCGAAUUUACCCCCGUCAUUGAACAACUACUUCAAUUCCACCCCAAAGACCGCCAAGUGAUGCUUUUCAGCGCCACCUUCCCGAUCACCGUCAAGGCCUUCUCCGACAAGAACAUGCAAGACCCGUAUGAAAUCAAUCUCAUGGACGAACUCACCCUUCGUGGUAUCACACAGUAUUACGCCUUCGUUGAAGAGAAGCAGAAAGUCCACUGCCUCAACACACUCUUCUCCAAACUCCAAAUCAACCAAUCGAUCAUCUUCUGCAAUUCAACAAACCGUGUCGAGCUCCUCGCCAAAAAGAUCACCGAACUUGGAUACUCCUGCUUCUACAGUCACGCUCGAAUGCUUCAAGCAAAUCGUAACCGUGUCUUCCAUGACUUCCGCAACGGUGUCUGCCGCAAUCUUGUCUGCUCCGAUCUCCUAACCCGAGGCAUUGAUAUCCAAGCUGUCAAUGUCGUCAUCAACUUCGACUUCCCUAAGAAUGCCGAGACCUACCUUCAUCGUAUUGGAAGAUCUGGCCGUUUCGGACAUUUAGGUCUUGCGAUUAACCUCAUUAAUUGGGACGACCGCUUCAACUUGUACAACAUCGAGCGCGAUCUAGGAACCGAGAUCCUGCCCAUCCCCCAAACCAUUGAGAAGAGUCUCUAUGUUUAUGAUAGCCCGGAGAACAUCCCUCGACCCAUCUCAAACUUCCAAACCAACCGUCAACCCUCUGGACGGGAACAAUCACAAGCUCAACCCCAACAGCAGUCGGGCAACCAAUGGGCAAAUAACCAAAACUACAAUAAUAAUCGCCAGAACGGAUCGAAUCAAGGCCAGGUCCAGAGACAAGGCCAAGGUCAAGGCUUCUCUCGCGGCAAUGGUAGAUUCGACAACACCCGCCGAGGAGGUGGCCAGAGCGGACAAGGCCGACAGAACGGAUACGAAGGGCAGAGAGGCGGGCGUGGCCAACAGCAUGUCCCGGCUCAAUAA